GUCGAGAAAAUUAAUUAUAUGGGUGUGGGCGGGUACCCAUGGGCCGGGUUUACCUAAACCCAAACCCAACCCAACCCAGUGAAUAGUGAACGGGUUUAAACCCAAACCUGGCCUAAAACCCGUCAACACGGAUUUUACCCGUGUUGAUCGGGUUGGGUCGGGUGGGUACCCGUGGGUUCGGGUUUUAUUGUCAUCCCUACUCUUUAUCCCUCGUCUAGCCCCCAUAAGUGUCGACCAACGGGAUGACCCCGGGUAAGGGUAUCAAGACUGAGGACACCAAGUCGACCAGCGUUGUGGCCCCAUGCAGGGUAGGGUAAGCCGAUCCUGGACUAAGGACACCAAGUCGACCAGCGGGAUGGUCCCGGGUAAGGGUACCAAGCCGAAGGCUGAGGACACCAAGCCGAUAGGCGGGAUGGCCCCGGAUAAGGGAAGCUGAUGAGCGGGAUGGCCCCCGGAAAGCCGAUAAGCGGGAUGGCCCCGGAUAAGGGUACCAAGAAGCCGAUGAGCGGGAUGGCACCGGGUAAGGGUACCAAGACUGAGGACAGGCUUAGGGUACCAAGCCGAUAAGCGGAAUGGCCCCGGAUAAGGGUACCAAGGCUGAGGACACCAAGUCGACCAGCGGGAUGGCCUCGGGUAUGGGGACCAAGUCGGCAAGGCAGAGCUGGCCUCGGGUAAGGGUACCAUCCCCGGGUAAGGGUUUCAAGGCUGAGGGUACCAAGUCGGCAAGGCUGUGGCCCCAGGUAACCGAUAAGCGGGCUGAGGGUAUCAAGUCGGCAAAGCAGAGUUGUGGCCCCAGGUAGUCGAUAAGUGGAGUCAGCUUGCUGGCAUUGAUAAGAUUUUAAAUAUAUUAUAAUACCAAACAUAUCCAUGAAUCGCAAGUCGCCCAACUGGUUGGGAUGUUGGUUUUUGGUACCUUUAUUGUUCGCCAUAGUUCGAGCCAGGUAGGUUGCAAGUUUUUACUCCUUUUCUGGUAUCAUUCACUUCCUCCUUACACCUUCUCAUCCUUAUUCAUACUUUAAUGUUUUAACUAGUUUUUGACCCGGCCAGUUGGCCGGAGAAGUUCAUUUUAUUAUUUAUAUUAGUUAACUUAUCAACAUGUUUGAAUUUUUUGGAUCUUGUAUACAUUUUCUGCUCUCGCUUCAUAAGUGAAUAUGUGGUAUGCCUAUAUCGAAAAUUCUUAAUAUUUAAUAGUUAGCAGACUCGCUUGUGAUGUUUUUAUUCUAUGAUCAUAAAUCAUGUCGUAAAGAUUUAUCACGUCCCAUUUAGGAUCGUAUAUAAAAAACUUUCCACCAAGACGCUCAAAUUUAUUAUCUUAUACAACAAAUAUCAAUUCAUGAUUCUCGUUUGUACGAACUCUCAGCCAAUUAAUCAGAGUUCAAAAUAUUGAAAAAAGAUACUUGAUUACUGGAUAAAUUAUGUUUAUCCCAAUUGAAAUUUGACACACAUCGUAUCCCUUAUAAUGAUUCAAUUCUCUAAACCUUACUCAUUUUUAUUGUUGAUGUUCAUGAAGUUUUUGUAUAAUAACUUAUGACAAUUUUCUAUCAAGAUACAAAUUAUUAUUAUCUUACAAUAUAUAUCAAUUGCUAAUAUUUUAAGUUUGGACUAACCCUCAACACAUGUCUUUUGUCUAGAUGUUCGUUUAGAAUCUGAAUCCAAGGCAUUCAUAUACACUAUCGAAGGUUCUCAUCUUAACAUGUUCCUUCAAUGUAUAAUUUUUCAACUAUUUGAAUGUCCAUUCGCUAAAUUUCUUUAUAUUUGAUGUUUGUUCUAGAAGAAAAAAUUCGUUACUUAUAUUAAUAAUUGGUAAAGUGUGUAUACGACAGACAAAUAUUUCAGGUGCAUGCAAAAUUAUGUAUUCCUUGAAUAAUUAUCUUAUAAUUUUUUUAAAAAAUAUUUUAUAGCAAAUUUUAAAAGUUCAUACAAACAUUGUGGCUUUUCACAUGUAUUUAAAUUAUUGGAUGUAUUAUAGACACAUCUAUUCUUAAUAUCUAAACAUAUAUAUAUAGAGAGAGUUUAUUUUACUUUCAACACUAAUUAAUACCUUUGAACUCAACUCCUUGGGUGGAAUAUCAUAUCAAAUUUUUUUUGUUAUUGCCAAAUUUUGGUACGAAAUCCCAGGCUCAUAACUAUAUAGGCUUGUUACAAUUUUCUUACUAAACUCAUAUUUAUUAAAUAUUCUUCUUUUGACCCAAUAGCUCGGUUUACACUAUUGUAACUAUAAUUUUUUUUGUUAUAUACGUGAAGUAAAAUAUUAAUGUUUAUUUAUUACCUCAAUCGUCUAAUUUAUAUUUUUCUUAACAUGAAAUGUGAUGUUUAACGUAUAUCCUUAAGAAAGAUUUCUCUAAAUUUCACACAUUUCAUUUUUCAAGGGAUCUCGUGUCUCAUCAUAGAGUAUGACAUCAAAGUUCAUCAACUAUUAUACUCAAGUCAUUUUGGAAACUUCAAUUUAUAAUCUUUAACAAUAAAUAAGUUCAAUAGAG